AAGUGAGUAGCGGGCCUUCAAACUUAUAGUAUAUCUGUUGUGAUCAAUUACGGUGUUAUUUCUUUGAAGAACAACUUCAUACGCACUCGCUGAAUAGAGCUAUUAUUUGAGAGAUCAUAUGAUGACGCCAGCGUUGAAAGGAACAUAAACAUUUCGGUACAUUUUCGAUGGAAUAGAAAAGCGCUUAUGAGGCUGACCUGCGCACAUGUUCUCCUUUCUCAACUAUAAUUGUCGUCUAUUAAUACAGCGUAUAUUUCACUACGAGGCAGAUUUUUACAUAUGCUUAUAUUCGGAUCCGUACUGGAAAUCUUUGCCAAUGGCUACUGCUGCUGCAAGUCUGUUACGUAUUUCACCACUGAGUGCAAAGGAAUGCCCGAGAUUCUUGUUCCUACAGUCUAAACGUAUUUUAGCCACCACUCCGCUUAUGCCGGUACGCGAUGAACCGAAGUUCAUCGUCAACCCUGCCGCAAAAGAACCGAAAGAAAAGAAAACGACAAUUAAAAGGAAAACUCGAAGAACACCUCUGGAAAGCGAAAUGAGGGCGAGGCUUGGCGACAAAUGGGUAAAGGAGCGUAGAGCCCAGUUUGACAAAUCGUGUUUUCUAGCUAAUACUGAAAUAGCUGAGUUGGUGGCAAGUUAUCUACAAGAAGACAUAAAGGAGAACAGGUUUAUUCUGGAAGCCAACCCUGGUUUCGGUUAUUUAAGUCAGCGCCUACUUCAAAUGGGCUGUCGUCAUCUAUAUCUCUACGCCGCCCGAGACUCUAUUUUUCUGCCGUCACUUCUGAAGCUCGCUGACACGCAUCCAACAACUGUUCGACUAAUCCAUGAAAACAUUCUCAAAUUGAACACGAUGCUUGUAUGUGAUUCAGUGACAGCCUCCAAUCGAGAGAAAGCGUGUUUCAGUGGCCUACCGAUUCAAACAGACUGGUCUCUACCUCCAAAGGCGACGCUGUUCGCUUCGCUUACCCGUACCACUGAAAUGGGAUUUCUUCGAUCACUUCUCUAUAUGAUCCCGUCCCGGACAGGCCUGUUUCAAUUAGGACCGGUCGAACUUCUCGUGUUCAUGAGCUCUCAUGAGUACCAGAUCAUGAAUGCGGGCAGAGCUCCGAACGAGUCCCGUUCUUUGCUGCGGACCUACCCCGUGCUCUAUAGUUUGCUAACUGAAAACAAACUUCUUACAACUGUUGAUUCAUCGAAUUUUCUUUCAAUAAAAAGUACUAAGGCUCUUCGAGAUGACGAGCUACAUCUUGUACGCCUCCGGCCUAAAGUUGAUUUAUCGAACGUGAUUACGCCACCUGACCGUUUCGAGGAGUUUGUUUUUUUUCUAAAGCAGGGCCUACUACGAGGAACCACAGUAUCACAGUGUCUUGACAUGUGGAUUCCUCAAGCAUACAGGCAUGUCCUUGUCGAAAAGACAAAACCAGAUUCGCUACUAUACGACCUGUAUUUUUGUGACAAACUGUCUAGUCUGUCACCAGAGCAGAUUGUAGAAUUAUUUCGAAUAUUUCGUAGUCACGAGAUGUUCGAACAUAGUUCUUUUAAAAUAGCUAUGCAGAGUGACCGAUACGUACCUAAUGAAGUAUGAUGUGGACAAAUAACAAAUAUUUCUUUUCGCAGUCAUAGGAUAAUGGUCAGGCAUAAAACAGUCCGCAGGAAUGACUAAAGGAGUCACUUGAGUGGAAUAGGACGUCACUAUGUGAAAAGCAUAAUUUUCAUAAUUUAGAAUCAUGUGGUACCUCCACUCGCGCGGAUAACCGCCGCGCUCUACGAGCGUUGUGUAUGAGCCCUAUAGCCCGAAAUAAAUUGUUUGUUAUUUUAUUACCCUGAUUACUAAAUAACCGCGGCCACGCAAUUAACUUAAAAGCAAUUACGUAGUACUUUUUUGAAUGUUAAAUAGCAUACAAUACUUCGGAAAUUAUAAAUGAACAGCAUCCGAAAAUCGAUGUGUACAGUAAUUACUAUAUUUCACGAUCAAACACCGUGAGUGCUAGUCAUGACCUUUCUAUAGGUCUAUGACUGAUCGUUUCUAGAAUAUUUUAUAACAAUUGUAAAUAUUUCAAUGUCGUUUCUAUAUUUAAUUAUAAGCUUCUCCAUAUACAACAUUUGAGGACUCGAUCUUUUACUGAUUCUGCUUUAAUAAUAGGCACACUGUAAUAAGCCGCUGCGGCAGUGGUGGGAGACUGUGGGCCGUGAUAUCUUAGGGUUUUGACUUUCUCAGCGCACCAUAUCGUUCCAA